CCUAGUAUCUCUCCGUGUUUGAGCUUUAUAUGUGUUGUGUUGCCUGCAGCAGAGAUGAGCUUCCGGCCCACUGUCAACAGUCGCUGUGAUCAGGUCGCGUCAUUCGGUUGCUCGUUCGUGAAACCCAUUCGUUGCUGCUGUACUGUGUGACAACGUCAGCGGUGCCGUCUGUUUCUAAAUUUGUAAUCGGCAUUUCCACACCGUGGUCGUGGACGGUCGGUGUCGCUCCUCCAGAUCGCGAUGCAGUGCCCCAUCUGCUACGAGGUGUACAACCAGCAGGACCGCCGGCCCAAGAUCGUGCCGUGCGGACACACGUUCUGCCUGGUGUGCCUCAAGAGUCUGCGCGUCAAGGAGUGCCCAACUUGCAGGACGAUGUUCGCUUGCCCUCCGGAAGGCCUGAUCGACAACUUCCUCGCCCUUGAGGAGACUGCAGACAUGAAGUUCGUCCACCGGGCGCUGUGGUGCGACACGUGCAACGACGCGCCGCAGCCCGACUGCGUCAAGGACCACGACGUGCUGUCGUCGCGCAUGGCGCAGGCGCGGCUCGAGGACGCGCACACGGCCUCGCUGCUGGCGGAGGAGCAGGCCCUGCUGGCGGAGCGCAAGGCGCACGAGCGGAUGCGCUUCGGCUUCGAGGACGCCGUCGACGCCCUGAACGCGGACACGGCGCGCGCCGAGGCGGCGCUGAGGAACGACCGCGGCGCGGCCGGCACCAUCCAGCGACGCUACUCCACGGGCGGCGUGCUGGGCGGCGGCAGCAGCGGCGUCAGGGCCACGCUCAUCAACAUCAAGGCGUCCAAGGCGCGCGCCGAGGCCGCCCACGACAAGCUGGAGAUCAUGGACGCCACCCAGGCCGAGAUCAAGGUCAAGUGCGGGGAGGCGGACACCUGGAGGUACUUCUCGCUGGACGUGUCCCAGGAGGCCCAGGAGAUGCACAAGCUGGUGCUGUUCAGCACGUACCUCCUCGCGCGGCUCAAGCCGGCAUGCGUGCGCACGGCACUGACCUACGAGGUGACGGCCUCCGUGGCCAUGGCGUCGCGCGGCAUCUCGCUCCCCGACAUCACCCUCGAGUUCGACGAGAGGCCCUCGCCGGGCCGCCUGGUCGAGCAGUGGGCCAAGGGCUGGAAGAUCUACUCCAUCUGCAAGGGGUGCCUGGAGAGCUGCCACACCCAGUCCUUCACUCCGCAGCCCCCCGUGACGUCGGCGCGCCGCGUGGAGAAGGGCUGCCUGUGCCUGGGCAGGGCCAACGGCCGCUUCUACUUCAUCCUGUGCGACGACAUGGAGACCCGCUUCCUGCUGCCGCUGUCGUCCAGCUUCACGGUGGUGGGCCGCGUCACGAGGAACCUGAGCUCCCUCGAGGAGGCCGCCAAGUCGCUCCGAGGCUCGCCGCGGGACGCUCUGGAGAUCACGCCCAAGCUCUAGCUCCAGUGUGCGGCUGGAGUGGAGCCGGGCAAAGCUCGACCCUGUAGACCAUUUUAAUUGGAACUUUUCUUCUAUUUAUGCUAUUGUUUUUAUUUUUUAUUUUAUUUUCUACUUUUGUACUGGACUCUUUGCGUCAAGAAUUUUGCUUUCAGCUGUGUAAAUAUUUUGUGGUUUUUUUUGCCACGUGACUAAUUGUCAUUGUUUGUAGUCUUAUGUGUUUAUCAAUUACUAAUAUUUUAUGCACAACUCUCAGAAUAAAUAUCUAUUUCUUUA